AAGUAAAUCAAUGAUUCGACUAGUUUUGGUGAAUCGACUAGUUUAGGUGAAUCGACAUCUCGUGCAUUAUAGUGACUUUAAUGUAGGGCAAGCAUUCAAAAUAUUGUUGUGGAAUCAAAGAGCAUUAAAUUAGAAAUUUGUUUCUCUAGUACUACCCUAUACGGCGUUAUUGUAUGCAAUGUCUUUCCAAGGAAAAGCGCUUCAUACAAUGUGCGACCUUGGGACCACUCGGCAUAUGUAGGUUCUACCUCAUGCUUACUUUUCAUCCAAUAGUAGGUUCUUAAUAAGACAGUCUCCUUGAAAGUACUCAUAUAAAGUUUGUCAGAUUUGUAUGUCAUGUCAUCAUGCAUCGAAAUGGGAAUGAAUUGCUUAUAAACUUCAAGUUAUUACUAAUUGGAGAUAGUGGAGUUGGGAAAUCAAGCUUGUUAAUGCGUUAUACUAAUGAUUGUUUUGAAAGUCAGCUAUCUGCAACUAUCGGCGUUGAUUUCAAAGUCAAACUUGUUACGGUCCCUGAUGGAACAAAGAUUAAGCUCUCUAUAUGGGAUACUGCUGGUCAGGAGCGGUUUCGUACUUUGACACCCAACGUGUAUCGUGGUUCACACGCUGCUGUUUUUGUGUUUGAUGUGUCGAAUCGUGAGAGCUUUGAUCAUCUGAACAGUUGGAUGGAAGAGUUAAAAACUUAUUCAGACAAUCCAAACAUGAUUAAACUUCUUGUUGGAAAUAAAAUUGAUAAUAUUUCCCGAGAGAUUUCUCGUGAAGAGGGUCUUCGUUUUGCCCGUUUAUACAGUAUGCCGUACGCUGAAACAAGUGCGAAAACCAGUGAAGGUGUUAAUCAGCUAUUUUCUGAUGUUGUUACUAGAAUUUAUAAUCAUUCUGAAUUGUGGAAUCAAGGAAAAAAGCGUGCAAUUAAUAAUUCUUCAAGUCGUGCUCACUUAACUGAACUUGAAGAUAAACAGACCCGUAGUGGCUGUUGUUCAUAAUAUUCGUAGAUGCUUUGGUAUACAUUCCUUACAAUUUGCGAAUUCAUGACUUCACUUCAUUAUUGAAAUCUCUUAUUUUAUCCAACUAAAUACUAUGUAUGGUAUACUAUAACGGUUUACUGUUAUUUUUUAAUGUUUUCUGAUAACAGUUUAUUACAGACUCUUUCUUUAAGUUUAUAGUGUCAUUCAGUGUAAGGCUGUGAUGUUAUUUGUUAGCCAAAAUUUUAUGAUGCUUUCAUAGUUUUGCGCUGCUUUCCUUCAUCUAUUUUGACUAGAUAAAUAUCUAAAAAAUAGGUUGUUUUAUGUCCUUUUUUCGUUGGCUGUUUCAUUGUUUCUUUUUCAAAAAAAAGAUCAAAACAACUGAGACUAUUUUCUUUAUCCAUUUAGACAGUUAGUUAUUUUCUUUUCAAGAUUUUUCUUGUUUAUUUUAUUGUACCUUUAAAAAAUUUCAAUAUUUCCGUAACUUGCUUUGAAAUUGAUCACACUGUUUUAUAGAAUUUUUUCGUCAAAGCUAGUAUUAUUUCAGGUGAUUUUCAUAUGGUUAAUACUAAAUCAAAAGCGGAUUCGAACAAUCCCACUGUUUAGUAUAUUCAUUAUUAUGGAGUCAGUAUUGAUAAAUCCGAAACCAUUUGAAGUUCUUACAUAACGACUAUACCUAACUGUAGUUUAUGGAAAUAAAACUGUCAAAGAUUGUGCUAGUAAAAGAACUUGAUUUUUGGAAAGGCUAAAUCAGUAGUAAUCCCCUUUGGCUACUUGUCCAAUACUCUGACAGUUGUAGCUGGGACUGCUCAACAUGAUUCAUGUAGAUCAUUAAUCUUUGUUUCCUGGUGUUAGGCCAAUGUGAAAUACGGAUUUGCAUUAUAUGAAACUCGUUAGGGAUUAAAGAGAAAAAUCAUUUGACGUAUAUGCAUGGUUGUUCCCAGAAAUCUAAUUUUCUUGCUGUGAAUCAUUGUAGUGAUACUUUUUAAGUUUAGUAUAGACCCUAAUGUGUAUAAACGUUUUAGAACCAGUAAGGAUGCCUCGAACAGUCGUCUGUGAAUGAAAUUAAAUUCCGUACUUUUCUUAACAUCUGGAGUUCAAUGUGUACUAUUUGUAUUUCCUGGUAAUACGAGUACUUUUGGGGUUGGAUAAUUCACAUUUCAAAGAUGUUCAUUUAUCAUUGUAACGUUCACGAAACUCUAGAUACCAUGAUUUGAUUAUCGGCCCUGCGAUUCAGGAGCCCUUCGAAAGAGUUUUAGGAUUCUUUGAUUAUUAAUCAAGCAGUGAACCAUACUCUCUAUACGUAAAUAUUUUCCUUAGAUAUUACAACGAAAAUAAUUCUCGGUGAUUAUAUGGGGAAAACUGAAAUUUUGUAUAAAUGUAAAAUUAUGUUAAUAACAAUUCUUGUUUUUUUUGCCCUAGUUGUGCAAAUAAGAAUGUUUAGAAUUGACUUAUUCUCUUUUUCUUAUAAAAAAUUAAGCAUCGCUCGCUAGUCUUAUUUUCGAAUGUCGCAAUACGAUUUUACCAAACUGACCUGCUGGAUAUCAUAUGUUUUCACCCCUUAAUAAUGAUGUUUUAGAAAUAACUUGGGUUAAGAGAAGUUAUUGUUGGAGAGGUUCGACAGAAGACAACCAUUCUUUUUGGAGCAAAUAGACUCCAACUGUCCUGUAGCGAGAACAUUAGUUUUAUUGGACGCGGAGAAGUCUCAACAAAUUGACUCUUUGGGAUUCAGCUCGAAGAUGUAAAGUUAAUGAAUGUAUUUAAGAAAGAAUUAGGUAGAGAACUAUUGGAAAACAGUUCAUCUCAAAGAAGAUUUGUGUGAUAUCAAAACGCCUGGAAAUACAACAGAGGUGUUCGUUAAGUACCUAAAAAAUACUGUUAAGAAAUAUCGGGGGAACUCCCACUGAAAUGAUAGCUGCCCGGAAGCUCAACACAUGCUCAGAGGUCGAGGUAUGGUAAAGUUAACUUAAGCAGAAUGAAAAAAUUCACAGGAUGAUUGUGACCAUUAUUGGGCGAGGAAAUCUUAGGAGGAAGAAAGAGCAACUGAGAUAUCUAACCAGACAAGUGUUUGGAAUGAUCAAAUAUCACCUUUUAGCGAACUUAUCCUUGUAAAAGAUAAGGGUAGUGGGAGUUUGAAAAUUAGACCUAAUCUUGUCUGACUGGGCUCGACUGCUGACCGUCC